AUGCCCGCCGCAUCCGUACCUUCUACUUUCCGACUGCCCGACUUGGAGACAACGUUCUCGGUUCUCCCAGAUCACGGCCUCAAUCCCUACCAUGAGGAAGUGCAGGCUGAGUCCCGCGCCUGGAUCAGCAGAUACAGCAAGACCAUCUGCGGUCCAAAGAUGCUCGCCUUCAUGGACACCUGUAACUUCGAGCUCCUUUCUGCGUUUUGCUAUCCGUAUGCAGACAAGGUAGGAUUAAGAGCCGCCAUGGAUCUGGUAAAUUUGCUAUGGCUCUAUGACGAAUACACCGAUAGGAUAAGUGGUGAGAGCGCCCAGAAAUCCGCAGACACUGUCAUCCGCUCGCUUCAAGAGCCUGACUUCGACGACGAUUCUUGGCUCUGCUGUAUGGUGAAAGACUUCCGUAUGAGACACAUCGACCGUGCAGGGACUAGCAUCGCCCGCCGUUUUAUUGAUAACUUGUGUGCCUGGGUCAAACACACCGGUGCUGAGGCAGAGCUUCGGGAUCGAAACAAAGUUCUGGAUGUCCAGGAUUACGUCGCGCUGCGUCGCGACAUCGGUGCCAUGCGCCCAUGCUUCGACCUGGCGGAGUACAUAUUGGGUAUCAACCUUUCAGAGGAGAUAUACGAAGAUCCUGUUUUUCAAAGCGGCUACAACGCCGCAAUGUACCUUGUUUGUUGGUCUAAUGACCUUUACUCUUAUAAUGUGGAACAGGCAAAGGGACUGGACGGCACGAACCUCAUCACUGUAAUUAUAAAGUCCAAGGGGCUCGACCUGCAAGGGGCGGCGGAUUUCCUCGGAAGCUAUUGCCAAGCACUGAUAGAGCAGCUGGAGACGGCCAAAGAUGUACUCUUAGCACGCCCAGGGAAAGCUUGGGCCGAUGCUGUUCAUCUUCUCACAGCAUUUGGUGACUGGGUUCGAGGAAAUGACGAAUGGUGCUUCGUCACCGAGAGGUAUUUCGGCAGAAAGAACAGAGAAGUCCACAAGUCCCGCCUUGUUACUCUCAAAGUGCCGUUUGCUGAUAUGAUGGCCUUGAACGAGUAG